CCAUUCACCACCAACCCACACAGAGAAAACUAAAAGGCAAAGAAAUCACACACACAACAUAAACAUAAACACAGACAGACACCAUUGUGUACUGUGUUUCUGCGUCAAGCACGGAGAUCUAACCAACAUGGGUUGAUACACAACAAAACUUGCAAUUUUACAAAUAUAAAAUGAAAAAAAUGAAAAAAUCAGCUGAAUUUGUUCAUCGCCGCCGUUGAAAUCAAAACCCAAUUGGUCAAAGUCUUGAUCUUUACUUUCAUUUUUGGUAGUUUGUACUCAUUCCAGCAUAUCAGAUAUUUGUUCAUUCAGUUUUGGAUUUUGAGGUCCAACUCAUCAGUGAAUACACAAGAGCAGAAACGGCUUUGACUUGGUUGACUUUGUAGUCAAACACAUUUGUGUGGAGGUUUUGCUUCUUCCAAUCUUUCUGGGAUUAAGGUCCUACAACAUCAUAAUUCAGAACAUAAAGUGCUGGUGUCUUUAGCGGGAGUGAUGGCGAGUCUUCCUCAUUCAGGUUCUAGGAGAAUGUAUUCAUGGUGGUGGGACAGCCACAUAAGCCCUAAGAACUCAAAAUGGCUCCAAGAAAAUCUGACAGAUAUGGAUGUCAAGGUGAAGCAAAUGAUUAAGCUUAUUGAAGAAGAUGCAGAUUCCUUUGCCAGGAGAGCAGAAAUGUAUUACAAAAAACGCCCAGAGCUUAUGAAAAUGGUUGAAGAGUUCUACCGGGCAUACCGAGCAUUGGCUGAGAGAUAUGAUCAUGCAACUGGAGUGAUCCGCCAUGCCCAUCGGACAAUGUCUGAAGCAUUUCCUAAUCAACUCCCUAUGAUGCUGACAGAUGAUAUGCCUGCAGCCGAGCCAAGUACUCCAGAUUCGCGCCACCCUUCACGUGCAUUUCUUGACCCAGAUGAAUCGCAAAAGGAUGCUGUCAAAAAAAAUGGAGAUUUAAGUGAAGAAUCUAAUUCUGCUUUGAACAAAACUGGCUUAAGACAGCUCAAUGAUCUCCUCAUCCCUGGAGAACAUGCAAAGUUUGCAGAAGGGCAUGCUAGAAGGGGGCUCAAUUUUAUCGAGACACAGGAGGAGAGCUGUGAGCUAAACAAUCUCAGCCAUGGCAAUAGGGCUCAAGUCUUGUCUGAGUCUGAACGCGUGACAAAAGCGGAGGCAGAAAUUUCGGCCUUAAAGAAAGCCCUCGCCAAGUUAGAAAGUGAAAAGGAAGCUGGCUUGCUUCAGUAUCAGCAGAGUCUGGAGAGAUUGUCUAAUCUUGAGUCAGAAGUGUCCAGUGCACAAGAGAAUUCUCAAAGACUUGAUGAACGAGCAAGUAAAGCGGAAGCUGAAGUUCAAACCUUAAAGGAAUCCCUGAACAAAUUCGAGGCUGAAAGGGAGGCUAGUCUUCUUCAGUACGAGGGAUGCUUAGAGAAAAUAUCUAAUCUGGAGAAAAAUAUUUCUUCUUCUCAGAAGGACACAGGAGAACUUAAUGAACGAGCUAGUAGAGCUGAAACUGAAGCCGAGUCCUUAAAGCAGGAUCUUGCUAGGGCAGAAGCUGAGAAGGAAGAUGCCCUUGUAAAAUAUAAACAGUGCUUGGAGACAUUAUCAAAACUGGAGGAGAGAUUAAAAGAAGCUGAGGAGAAUUCUAGAAGGAUUAAUGAGCAAGCUAAGAUAGCUGAGAAUGAAAUUGAGGCUAUGAAAUUGGAAGUUGCUAAACUUAAUGAAGAGAAGGAAGAUGCUGCUCUCCGCUAUGAGCAAUCGUUAGAGAUCAUUUCCAGUUUGGAGCAUAAACUCUCUUGUGCUGAAGAGGAGGUGCGCAGGCUUAAUUCCAAGAUAGAUGAUGAGGUUGAAAAGUUACAUAGUUCUGAACAGAAGUGUCUUGUUUUGGAAACAUCAAAUCACACCCUGCAAUCUGAAUUACAAUCUUUGGCACAAAGGAUAGGGUUUCAAACUGAAGAACUUAAUGAGAAGCAGAAGGAAUUGGGUAGACUUUGGAGUUGUAUACAAGAGGAGAGAUCACGUUUCAUUGAGGCUGAAACUGCUUUCCAAACACUUCAGCAAUUGCAUUCUCAAUCUCAGGCUGACCUUAGAUCUCUCGCUGCUGAUCUUCACGGUAAAGAGGAAAUACUGGGGAGUGUGGAAUCACAUAAGAAGGCUUUAGAGGAUGAAGUAUGCAGGGUCCAUGAAGAAAACAAAAUUUUGAAUGAGCUCAAAAUUUCUUCAUCUUUGUCUAUAGAAAAUUUGCAGGAUGAGAUAUCGAAUUUGAAGAAGACAAUUGAGAAACUUGAACAGGAGGUUGAGCUGCGACUAGAUGAAAGAAACGCUCUUCAGCAAGAAAUUUACUGUCUUAAAGAGGAGCUAAAUGAUCUCAAUAAAAAACAUGAAGCUGUGAUGGGGGAGGUCAUGUCAACUGACUUAGACCCUCAGUGCUUUGGCUCAUCUGUAAAAAAAUUGCAAGACGAGAACUCGAACCUGAGGGAGACGUGUGAGGCUGAAAAAGAUGAGAAAGAAGCUCUUCUGGUAAAACUGGAAGCCAUGGGGAAACUUUUGGAGAAAAAUACUGUUUUGGAGAAUUCCCUUUCAGACAUGAAUGCUGAACUGGACAGUGUAAGAGGAAAGGUGAAUGUCUUGGAAGAAACAUGUCAAUCCUUGCUUGUGGAGAAAUCAACUCUUGCUGCUGAGAAAGCCUCCUUGUUUUCUCAGUUACAAGACACAACUGAAAAUCUGGAGAAGCUCUCAGAAAAGAACAAGCUUCUCGAAAAUUCACUAUUUGAUGUGAAUGCUGAGCUUGAAGGAUUAAGGGCAAAGUCCAAGACCUUAGAAGAACAAUGCCAGUUACUUGACCAUGAUAAGUCCUGCAUCUUUUCAGAGAAAGAAACCUUAGUUUCACAGUUGAACUCCACUCAUCAAAUGCUGACAAGUCUCGAGAAACAACACAGUGAAUUGGAACUACAGCAUUUGGAACUAAAAGGAGAAAGGGAGUCGUCUCUUAAAAAGGUAGAAGAGCUACUGGUUUCCUUAUAUUCCCAAAGGGAAGAGCAUUGCAGGGUUUUGAAAUUGAAUGAAGAUGAACUGGCAAAGAAAGGAUCAGAAAUUUGUAUUCUACAAGAAGAAGCAAAUUGCCAGAGAAUAGAAUACGAGGAGGAACUAGACCGAGCUAUGCAUGCUCAAAUUGAAAUUUUCAUCCUGCAGAAGUGUAUCCAUGAUUUGGAGAAAAAGAACUUUUCUCUUCUAGUUGAGUGUCAGAGACUUUUGGAGGCAUCCAAAAUGUCCGACAGAAUGAUAUCGAAACUGGAGACUGGAAAUCUUCAAAAGCAGGUUGAUGUGAAUUCUUUGUCUGAGAAAAUUAGAAUACUAAAGAUUGGUCUGCUUCAGGUGCUGAAGACUAUUGACAUUGACGGUGAGCAUUUCUUUGAAGAUAUGCUUGACGAAGACCAGAUUCUUCUGAAUCGUAUACAAGGAAAACUCCAGGAGAGACAGAAGUCUUUUGACAAAAUUUUCAACGAAAGCCAGCAUAUGGCCAUUGAGAAUUCAGUUCUGAUCACAUACCUUGGGCAGUUGAAACUAAAGGUGGAGAAUCUUGUGACAGAAAAAGGUGCCCUUGAUGAGGAGUUCAGGAUACAGUCUAUGCAAUUCUUGGCAUUGCAAGUAGAGGUCCAAAAGAUAUUGGAGAAGAAUCAGGAGUUGGAGUUGACAGUAAGAAAAGGAGAAGAGAGAGCAGAAGUAAUGACGAUUGAAAUAGACAAUCUACGCGAACAGCUAUCUGACAUGGAAAAGAGUCACAACAACUUACAGGAAGAAAGGAGCAUUGUGCUUGAUGAGAAGAAGUCCUUGAUGAGUAGAUUUCUAGAUCUGGGUGAAGAGAAGAAUAGCUUGGAAAAAGAAAUUUGUGCUGUGAUCCACGAGACAAUAGCUCAAUCUAAUAUUUCUCUGAUUUACCAGAAUAUUAUCUUUGAAAAACUCCUGGAACUUAAAGAGCGAGGUGAAGAUCUUGGUAAACUUUGUUCAGUAAAUAAUAACCUUGAGGAGAGAUUAAAGACAAUGGUGCGCAACUUGGAAAAUUCAGAGAGGGAAAAUUCACAUCUUAAAGAGUCAUAUAUAAAGUCGCAUGUUGAAUUAAAUUUAGUCAAAUCUGUCAAUGAUCUGUUGAGCUGUGAGGUUAGGAAUGAAAGGGAAAUGUUGUGUCAGAAGAAAAAUGAGCUUAUGGAAGCAGCUGAGAUGUUUCAUACUUUACACACUGACAAAACAGAAUUGCAAAGGAUUGUGGAAGAUAUGAAGAUAAAGUAUGAUGAGGCCAUGGUCAUACUUGAUGAACAGGCUAAUCAAAUUUUCAAAUUGUCCUCAGACAAGGAUCGUCAAAAUGAGGAGCUUGGAUGCCUUUCUGAAGUGAAUAAGAAGUUGGAAGCUGAAAUGAAGCACCUACAUCAAGAACUUGGAGAAACUAAACUGAGGGAAAUAAAUCUAAGCGAUGAAGUGCAUAAGGGAAUGAGUGAGAUUGAACAAUGGGAAACUCAGGCUUCAGAACUCUAUGCCGAACUGCAAAUUUCUGCUGUCAACGAAACAUUAUUUGAGGGGAAGGUCUGUGAGCUAGCUGAUGCAUGUGAGAAUCUUGAACGCAACAACUACUCCAAAGACAUGGAAAGUGAACAGCUGAAAGACAGGGUUAGGAAUGAAAGGGAAAUGUUGUGUCAGAAGAAAAAUGAGCUUUUGGAAGCAGCUGAGAUGUUUCGUACUUUACACACUGAGAAAACAGAAUUGCAAAGGAUUGUGGAAGAUCUGAAGAUAAAGUAUGAUGAGGCCAUGGGCAUACAUGAGGAACAGGCUAAUCAAAUUUUCAAAUUGUCCUCAGACAAGGAUCGUCAAAAUGAGGAGCUUGGAUGCCUUUCUGAAGUGAAUAAGAAGUUGGAAGCUGAAAUGAAGCACCUACAUCAAGAACUUGGAGAAACUAAACUGAGGGAAAAGAAUCUAAGCGAUGAAGUGGAUAAGGUAAUGAGUGAGAUUGAACAAUGGGAAACUCAGGCUUCAGCACUCUAUGCCGAACUGCAAAUUUCUGCUGUCAACGAAACAUUAUUUGAGCGAAAGGUCUGUGAGCUAGCUGAUGCUUGUGAGAAUCUUGAACGCAACAACUACUCCAAAGACAUGGAAAGUGAACAGCUGAAAGACAGAGUUAGCAAAUUGGAAGAUCAAAAUGGAAGACUGUGUGAUCAAUUAGCUGCUUAUUUCCCCGCUGUAAGUGCCUUGAAUGAUUGUAUAACAUCUCUGGAAAUGCAGACUGUCGAACAUGCAAAACCUCGUGACUGUGAAGAACCAAAGGUUGAAAUUUUGGUGAAUGAUGAAUACACUGAGAAUGGUAAACAAACAGGGGAUGAUCAGACUGUUAAGGCACGGGAUGCAGUCCCUGACUUCCAAGACAUGCAGAGAAGGAUCAAUGCAAUUGCAGUGUCAGUUAAGCAGUUAAAUGCAAGUUUCAAAUCGAAGGAUGAGAUGAGAGAGAUUCAAGAGUCAAACAAGAUGGGGAAAUCAAGGUUGGAUGUUCCUGUAUCAGAGAUUGAAGAGCUGCCAAAAGAUAUCAUGCUUGAUCAAAUAUCUGAAUGUUCAUCAUAUAGGAGAGAAACUCUUGAUUCUGAUGAUCAGAAGAUGCUGGAGUUGUGGGAAACACCUCACAAAGAUGGCAGUGUUGACCUGCAAGUUACACAAAAGAUGGCAACCAAGGAACCUAGAAGUAAACAUCCUUCAGCAGAGUCCUUAGUGGAAAAGGAGUUGAGUGUGGACAAAUUAGAGAUCUCAAGAAGAUUGACGCAGCCACGCGAAGAAGGCAACAAGAGCAAGAUUUUCAAGAGACUCGAUUCUGAUGCACAGAAGUUAACAAAUCUUCAAAUAACGAUUCAGGAUUUGAUGAAGAAGGUGGAGUUUUCUGAGAAGAGCACAAAAGGAAAAGGCGUCGAGUAUGAUACGGUGAAAGGGCAGCUUGAAGCUGCUCAGGAGACAACCACAAAGCUGUUCGACGCGAACCGCGAGCUGAUGAAGAAUGUAGAAGAGGGUGCAUUGUCUUCUGAUGAGAAUGGAAGUAUCAGCAGAAGGAGAGCUUCGGAACAGGCGCGGACCGGAGCAGAAAAAAUAGGUCAACUUCAGUUGGAGGUGCAAAGGCUGCAGUUUCUGCUUCUGAAGCUGGAUGAUGGAAAAGCAAGCAAGGAGAAAACUAGAGUGAGUGAUCGAAGUCCAAGAGUACUUUUGAGGGAUUAUCUCUAUGGGAGAACUAACAACCAAAAGAAGAAAAGAGCAUCUUUUUGUGCAUGCGUCAAACCUCCCACCAAGGGAGAUUGAUUGUUACCAUAGUUUAAAGUAAAAGAGACAGUGAUUCAUUAGCUUUCUUGUUUGUAAAUUUUCCUUGUUAUAUAGAUGCUUCAAGACCAUACAUGUUUUGAUCCUGCUGUACAUGCUAUGCCUCAUGUACUCGCAAGAAGAGGCUAGGAUAGUAGGAUGGAAAUUCGCCAUUUUUUUUAUUUGAUAUGAAUAAUACCUUCUUUUAUCAUGCUGGUUUAGAUGA